AUGGCGCCAUCGCCGGGGGCCCCCGUUGGCGGGGAACGCCCGCGCCGAGCGGUACCUGCAGCAGCCUCUGCUUCUGCCGCAUCCGCGGCGCUUGGCGAUCAGCCCAUGGAUCCUGAGGACAUUGACAUGGAGGCGGUUUCCGCUCCCAGCGAAGGCCGAUACUUUUGCCCUUUGCCCGGUUGCAUCGCCCAUGGUGCUUCUGGCCAUGCGGGUUGGGAGAGCUUGCAGGCCUGGCUGCGGACACACCAACUGGUCGGCUGCCGCGAGUGCUCUCGUCUCGUCAAUCGUCGACGCAACGGUGGAGUGCAUCGGACCUGCAUGGCGGCUCGGCUCUCUGCCCAGCCUGCAGCCCCAAUGGCUGCUGAUGGGGCCGCUGGACUGUCUGAUGCUCUGUUGGCUUCCCUCCCCUCGUUGGAUGAAAUCUUUGCGGCUCCUGUGGCUACCCGCGACUUUGUGGCUGCUGGGCUGCUUCCACAGGCUCGGAAGGAAUUCCUCCGAUGCGUUGCCAAUGUCCUUCAACAUAAUUGUCUGGAUGAUUGGGAGCGGGACAUUAUGGCUACCAGACGGUGCCGCCUGGCUUGGACCGAACUUUUUAUAUUUCCUAAGACUUGCCUGCCAGUACUCCCUGGCGGCCGGGCCAAGGGCCGCCGCAACCACAAUGUGAUCAUUAACCGUCUCGAGCGAUGGGGCUUGGGAGAACGUCGGGCGCUCUGGGAUGAAGCUGUUGGCAAACCUCGCCGCCCACGCGGCCAUAUCUCCAGCCUUGAAGAGCGGCAAGUUACUGCCGCCGUCCAGCUUGCCUGCCGUGGGAUGCCGGGCAAGGCUAUGCAGCGCCUCAGCGGUGCUCCUGUGGCCGAACCCAUUCCUGAGAUUGUGGCCGCGAUGCGCAACAAGUUCCCACCUCGACCUACCCACCAACACUCCUCCUCUCGCCCACCGGCGCCUCCAGCCAAUGAGGUCUCGGUUGAGGAUGUGAUUGGGGCCGAGAAGCCCUUUCUACGUGGUGCUGCCCCCGGCCCGACUGGUCUCCGCCCUGACUUCUUGAAGCAGAUCGUUGGCGAUGGCGGGGAUGUACUUCCUGGUGCUCACCUUCUGACCAGCCUUAUAAACCUAUUUGCUGAUGGCCGCGCGCCUGCCCCUCUCCGCCUAUACCUUGGCGGAGCUCAAGGCACAGCCUUGGAGAAAACUUCCAAGACUGGCCAAUCCGAUGUGCGGCCCCUUUGUGCUGGAGAAGCUCUUCGGCGGCUUGUUGGAAAGGUUUUGCUUCGGUCUGAAUUGCCGGUCCUACGGGAGAACCUCCUGCCCUAUCAGCUUGCUGUUGGAGUGCCUGCUGGCAUUGAGGUCAUGCCCCACCUCCACCGGCAAUGGCAAACCACCUUUGCCGCCGAUGCAGACCGAAUAUGCUUAUCCUAUGAUGAAAGCAAUGCCCACAAUGUUCUUGACCGUCAUGCCUUCCUCAUUCGCAUGCAUGAAGUUACGAUGGUCUUCUGGCUGGUCCCUCCGGCGAAGUCCUCCGUGCCCUCCAACAUUGGCAAGGGGAACUAUGAGGUGUUGAAAUCCCCCAGUGGCUCUGAUGCGUACUGCCAUGCCUUGGAAGCCUUCGACCCCGCUAUCCAUGACACCUUUUGCGAGAUGACUGGAUUGACAACUGAUGCGCUGGCAUGGGAGCAGGCCACUUUGCCUGCCUCCUCUGGUGGAUUGGGCCUGCGCUCCUCUGUUCUUCUUGCUGACGCUGCCUACAUUGGAUCCCGCCAUGCAACCUUGGAAUGCUGCGCCACGCUGUGGCCUUUGUUCUGCUGGGAUGGAGGGCUCCCUGGCACAGACCUACAUGCGACUUUGGAGCGUUGUCGUGCUUCCAUCGCAGAUGUUGGCUUGCAAUAUCCUCUUGGUACCCAACCCAGUACCCAGAUGACCCAGAGUUCACUGAGCGCUCAGCUCGGUGCCGCCCAGUGUGUUCGUUGGCUGGCCCGCGCCAACAAUGAUGAUGCUUGUCGACUACAUGCCUAUUCUGCAGACGGUGCUGAUGCAGCUUUGGGCCUUGUUCCCUUACAUGUUCGCCCCCAAUUGGAGGUUCCCGGCAUUUUGCCGGGUCGCCGUCGACCUGCUGACAUAUUGGUGCGUGGCGCCGCGGGGCUUUUCCCUCGCCUGCCUGAUGGAUCUCGGCCACAUGGACUGGCGCCUCUUGCUUUGGAGGUCGCGGUUAUGAAUGCUCUUGGCGAGGGUUAUUGGGAUGAGACCCGCCGUCACAGCAGCGCAGCUGCCUCUGGCUACGCUGCUCGGAAGCGAGUGCAUAACCCCACUGCUACCGCCUGCGACCAAAUUGGAGCUGUUUACCUCCCUCUGGUUUGGGAAGCCCAAGGCGGCUGUAUCAAGGAAAUCCGGGCCUUCCUUCAUCAACAAGGUUCGUAG